AUGACGUCCCGUCUAAUGAUGAUUGGCCAGGUGAUCUGCAGAGAAGCUCUCAAACCCAGGAUUUUGACUGUGAGAAUUAUUGACCAGGUUUACGACGCACACCUGCACAUGUUUUUUCCAGAACCCAAAGACUUUAAAGUUCUGGAGACAGAGAAAGCCAAGGUGAAGGCUGGUGACAUUAUCCGGUUUCAGAAGUCACCAGAAAGAUAUUCUGUUGAAGUGGAGUAUGAGACAGCAGAAGUGGUGUUUCCCAUUGGUCGCACGGUUGAUCCAGUGACAGGUCGCCGGUGUCGAGGCACACAGUUCAUUGAUGAGCGGGCCCGAGAGCAAGAGACUAAGAGAAUCUCAAGCAUCAAGGACUGGCCCAAUUAUUCCUUGUGA